CAUCUAUGCAUUUUUUGUCUAUGGUGAGAUGAUGAGCACAAUUUCGAUGUAGUUGACAACAGUUCAGUACAUAACACAUAACAGUACGUAAGAUGACAUAGAAUUGCAUAAAUUGGCAACGGGUCUCGUAUUUUGAAUACGUUGCAUAUAUAUGCAUAUAUUUGACCAAUUAACCGUUUAGAAAGAUGACACUAUGCUAAUUACCAUGAUUGACACUAAGUGAAGAGCAGAUCGGUAACAACAUAAACCGGUUCGCAGGCAUGGAUAACACUGUCAUUUCCUGAAGAUCGUCAGCAGGUGUUUCUCUGUCAAUUUCACUGUCAAAAACUUCACCAUGGCCUCUGCCACGGAGCAGCAGCAACAGACCACGCUGGAAUUUUACCAGGCGAUGGCCGACUUUAAAAACAUGUUCCCGCAAAUGGACGACGACGUGAUAGAGGCUGUGCUAAGAUCCAAUCAAGGAGCUGUGGAUACUACAAUUGACCAGUUACUUACCAUGAGCACUGACAAUGAAAAUGAAAAGAUUAGAAGUGAAUUGGAGCAAAAGGAAGAACUGCCAAGCACCACAAAGUCACCUAGGAAAGACUCUAGCAAAUCAUUAAAAACUAUACAUAAAUGGCAGCCACCAUUAUUGGGACCAUUGCCGGAUACCUUUUUAAGACUACCCCAGCAAAUGUCGGAUGAUGGUAUUGAUUCGACGUACUCGCAAGAGAGUUCUAUGUUGGAAGAUGAGAGAAUUGCUAUGUUCCUGCAAAACGAAGAAUUCAUGGCAGAACUUCGUUGGAAUGAAGAUUUUCUAUCUACAUUGGAACAUGAUUCAAAGCUCGAAAAAUGCGGCGGCCAGACCGGUCACGAUGAUGAGGAUCUAUUUAAGGAAAGACUAAAAAAUAUGGGCAAACUAAGAAACGCGGCGGCAGGCAAUUGUUGCCGCCGACAGCUUCUUGUGACGAUCUUUUGGAUCCAGAAGAGUCAUCCAAACCUCAAUCCUAAAAAAAAACAUCUGUACCUAUAAUUCUACAGGGAAUAUCUAUACUCUUGUCUUACUUUAUUAUAAAGAUAGAGAGCAAACUUAAUGGCGUUCACAGCUUAAGUGUAAUUUAAAUAUCACAAAACCAAGCAUAUCUAUGUCGUAAUUUGCAAAACGAGAGAAAAUUAUGUUAGAGUACCAUGUAAGAUAUAAUUUAAUUAGUGAUUUGUUUUUGGUUCACGGCUGACGAGAUCAUUAUUUGAACAGAGAUAAUGGAAUUGUUAGAUUGACGAUUCGAAAACCUAUCAGUGAGCAAAAACUUACUAACAAUAAGAAGAAUGAAUAUCAAGAAGAAAGUUUCAAACAAUACAUACAAAAUUAUCAAAACAUUCAUAUUUCCCGAUAAAUAUGCAGAUAUACAUAUUGUAUGUGUAUAUAUAUAUAGAGAGGAAUAAUAUAUAUUACUUAAUAUUAAUGCAUUUUCUAAUAAGGAUGUAUCUGUUUUAAUUCUGAUAAAUUCAAUGUGAUAUUUUAUUGCAAUAUUAUGACGCAAAUUUUAUGUUAAUAGAUUUUAUAUUUUGUUGUGAUACAUGUUGCUUGCGGUUAUAUGUAUUAUUGUGUAUUAAUCGCGCAUAGUCGUCUAAAAAUUGGCACGAAAAAAUUUUACAGAAAUUUAUUGAGCGAUAAUCUCUAAAAGAUUAUUGCUGAUAUUGGAAAAAUAUUUAAUUUUAUUUAAGAGCGAUUACUAUCGUUUUGAAUGACGUUUUAAAUGAUAAUUAAGACAAGAGAUCAGAUUCUUAUUGUAUGCAUAGUACACAAUGCAAUUGCUUUUUGGCACAUGCAGCUACGAAAGUAGUUAAUUAUAUUGUGUAUAUAUGUCUGUUUAUCGCAUACGCCAAUAGUGCGUUGAUGUUAUUGUAGACAGAAUAGUUUGUUAAAAACUUAGAAACGCAAUGUCGAGAUCCAGAUUGAGACAAUUCCUUCGAAAAAUUCAAUUGUCAGAAAAGUAGAAACCUGAUCAGAUGAACCGAUUGAUUCACUGAAAGUAGUGGAUGAAGGCUUACAUUCUCAAAAAUAUUACUGUAGGCAAUUUAUUAAAUAAUAGUCAUAUUUUGUAUCAGUUUUAAUAUAAUAUUUUUGCAUAAAUUACAAACAAGCGUACACUAUUGCGAGUAAUUCAUGAAUUCGAUUGAAUUUAAAGCUUAAAAAAUUUCACAAAUGCCUUCAUUCACUUACUCUUUCGAUUCUAUUUGCUAUUGCAAAUAGAAAUUGCACCUUUUUUAGGUAUAAUAAAUCCUAGUCGCUCAGUCUAGCCAUUAUUUAUUGAACGAGAAUCUGAUAUCGUAAAGAUAUUGUAAAUGUAGAAAAUAUUUAUAAAAAUGGUUGUAAAGAAUCUAAGUCAUUUACAAUAACAUGUGCUCUAUGAUUUUAUAUAUAUAUAAAAUU